CUCUAUUCCAUAUCGUCGUACUUGAGGGCAACAGAAUCCCAUCCCAAUAGCUAUUCCCGGGCAAUAUCAUACAUUAGAUCACAUUCGGAUUGUAGAUCACUCAACUCUCAACACCAUGGCCCCCGUGUCGUCGGACAAGAUCGUCUUCACAUACGACAAAAAGGCCAAAGAGAAGGUCCGAAAAUGUGGGGCAAGCGGGAAACGAAAGGCCGUGCAGCUGGGCGAGGGAGCCCAGGUGUUCUCGGCCGUCAUCCAUUUCAAUCCGACUUACGGUCAAUUAGAUGGAGCCGUCCACGUACCGGACGGCCAAAGCAUUCCCGACGUGAAUCGUUUUCUGGCGGAACUCGUCAAUGGGAUGCACGGUUGUGGACGCCGACGCCGGGUUUCACGCCGUCGACGAAAGAGGUUAACGUCCGAACCUGGUCAAAGUCCGGCGGAGAUCGGCGACAGCAUCGAAGUGGGGGAGGUCGGAAGCAGCGUGCGGGGAACGCCCGAUACCGUGGGAGACGAAGACGCAACGGCGAAGGAAGUCACAAGUGGGGAAGCGGAUGCCCCAUACGAAGUCGAGGCCGAUGACGGCGGCGCCGCUGUUUUUUGCGGCACCGUGUCGGGCUUCCAGCAAGACGAGGCUGAUGUAGGCGAACCCCCCAGCAACCCAGCAAAACAAGGACACCGGACGGAUUUAGCACCACUCAACCACGAUGUCGAGGGCAUUAUGGGGGACUUUAUCAUGAGCGACGCUGACACUGCUGGUUCAAUCAACGCGGUUGAAGAAGGUUCCUUCCUCGGGCUACCUGAGAUCGACUUGCGCGACCUCUUCGAGAUGGAAGCUUGCGCGUCUACGUUUCUGCCAGUUGGUGACAGCGAGCUGGGCAAACAAGGACAGUCGAGCGAUGCCAUUCCUGAUCAGGAAAGGUCGGAAGUGGAGACGUCGGGCGAAACGCGGGAGGGCACGGCGGCAGCUGGAAGGGGAGCCUUCAGCCAUCAGACGAAAGUUCCACAGACGCGAACAAUUGCUGCCGCACGUGCUUACCGACCUGACAGGAGUUCUUUCAAAAUUCACCGGUUCUUUUGUCGGGUUUCUCAGCGGAUCCGGCAGGCAAGAUAUGGAGGGGAACUGCACACGGAACAUGUCUAAUAGACAAUGCGAGGUGUCAAAGCUGUUUAGGGAGAUCCUGGCGACGGCGUCAUGCAGAGAUCAAAGUGUGGGGCCGCUAUGUAAGUAGGGUGGCUUAUGCGGUUCUGAGUUCGCUGAGACCCAUUUACCUAAUGGGAGAAAAUCUGUACAACUCUAGACCAGAGUUGUGAUGAUCGUGUUUAUGAACCCAAAGCUAAGCAAAUAAGGUUGGGG